GCAGCUGGGUCGUGAUUCUGUGCUGCCGUUAGAACUUUGAGGAUAAAGACCUUGAUUCUGGAAUUUUCUCCCCACUCUGGAAUAUCAGGAUUCAGAUGUCCAACCAGAACGCCAUUAGCUUCAAAUUUCCCACCAUUGUCUAACAUUUAGCUGGAAAAAUCAAGAUAGUUAGGAAAGAUGAUGAUGGGUGUUGCAUUUUUUUCCUUUUCUAACUCUGAAAGCCUCCUGGUGGAACAGCUGUUUGAGCCACUGAGACAGAAGGAUGAAAACUACAUAAGAACCUAAUGUGACUGAAGAGCCCUCUCACUAUGCAGACAGUACAGCACUCAUCACAGACACUCAAGACAGCCCUCCUGUCAAAGAACCCAGUGCUGGUAUCACAGUAUGAGAAGCUAGAUGCUGGGGAACAGCGUUUGCUGAACGAAGCCUUCCAGCCGGCCAGUGACCUCUUUAGGCCGAUUACCUUGCAUUCGCAGUCAGACUGGAUCACCUCCCAUCCUGAGAAUCCCCAAGACUUUGAGCAGUUUUUCAGCGACCCCUCUAGAAAUGCACCCUCUCCAGAGAAUCACAGUAUUUAUAUACAGUGCAUUGGAUCGCUAGGAAACACCAGAAUUAUCAGUGAGCAAUACAUUAAGUGGCUCAAGGGCUACUGUGAAGCAUUUUUCUAUGGCUUGACAGUAAAACUCCUAGAACCGGUUCCUGUCUCUGCAACGAGGUGUGCCUUUAGAAUCAAUGAGAACACACACAACCUACAAAUCCAUGCAGGUGACAUCCUGAGGUUCUUAAAAAUGAAGAAACCCCAAGAUGCCUUCUGUAUUGUGGGGGUAACAAUGAUUGAUCUUUACCCAAGAGACUCCUGGAAUUUUGUCUUUGGACAGGCCUCUUUGACAGACGGUGUGGGGAUAUUCAGCUUUGCCAGGUACAGCAGUGAAUUUUAUAGCUUGCGCUUCGAAGGCAGAGUGAAGAAGCUGAAGAAAACAUCUUCGAGUGACUAUUCGAUUUUUGAUAACUAUUACGUGCCUGACGUGGUGACUAGCAUCCUGCUGCUGCGGUCCUGUAAGACCUUAACCCAUGAGAUCGGACACAUCUUUGGACUGCGACACUGCCAGUGGCUCGCGUGCCUGAUGCAAGGCUCCAACCACCUGGAGGAGGCGGACCUGCGGCCCCUGGACCUCUGCCCCAUCUGCCUGCGCAAGCUGCAGUGCGCCCUGGGCUUCAGCAUUACAGAAAGAUACAAAGCCCUGGCGAGGUGGAUGGACGAGGUCUCUGCCGACCCUCCGGGAGCUGCCGGCCUGCCCAAGCCUGUGGACGCCUUUCAGGAAUGGAGAGCGUGGGUAGUGAAAUGCCUCGCGCUUCUCCAGAAACAAGAACCUUCAAAUAUGAGUAAUUAAGACAGACACGGGCUCGCGGGGCUCCCGCGGCGUGGGGGCGCGAGUCCCUGGAGGGCCUGUGCGGGGAAGCGGGAGCUUUGCUGUGGGGCCCCUUUGGGAGGGCGGGAGCUCCCCUCUCUGCCCGCCCGGGGUCCCUGCGGGACGACCUGCGCCGCCGCGAUGCCCGGAGGCCCGGGACCGGCACGAAGCAGUGAGUGAGAAGCCUCGCCGAGUGGCAGGGCGCGCCCCGAGCAAGCGAUUCUGAGGAACACACUUUUUUGCACUUGGAAACCUGAAUUCUUGUGCUACUAUUCAUGUAGUGAGAGUAAAGCAAGCAAAGCACGUUUUAUACCCGAGUCAGUGGCUUCCCUGACAGUCACGCCUCCACUUGACGAAGCUGCUUUACUUCAGAGCCUUUAGCCGAUGCUGCUCUGUCCUUGAAACCGGCCAGAGGGGCGCGGGUCGUCCUGGUAGAGCAGAGCCCGGCGGGGCUCGGCCCUUGGGGAUUCCCUUGUGGGGUUUAUUCCCUCCUUGAACAAUGCAUUUUCUGUUAUUGUCUUUUAUUUUUCCACAACGUAAGACCGGCCAGCUCAGCCGCGACUGGGUGUGUGGAUGGGGCUCCCCGCACCCCUUGCGCCCCCUCGGCGCUCUGCAGCCGGGGAGCGGGCCCAGCAGCUCCCCCUUGGUAAGCGUCAGGCCAACAACACAAUUCCUUAGGGCCAAGUCUAAGAACAGCACUUGAUGACUGCAACUGCAUUUUAUGGCCUGCAGGAAAGUCUCGCUUUUUCCAAAACGAUCUUCUCUGGUAGCGCACGGAUCCCUGCAGGGUUUCUAAACUGUUCUCGAGCCGAGGCGACACCCCGGCGCC